UGCGCUUGGGCGUAAUAUUAAAACUGCACGAGGGGAAUUAACAGAAACGGAAAAAUCGUUGUGUUCACAAGAAACUCUGGGAAAACCCGCUUCGCUUUGGGUGCGGUCAGUUCAGUCCUUUAAACCUGCGAUAUCAGACCCUCACCACCUGUCAUCAUCACCGACUAACUUCAUCAAAUCCACCCAGGCUGAUUUGGUUCGUGUUGGUGUGAAAACACCGUCGCGGGCCAUUUUGUGGCUGGCAUUCCCCGUUCAGACUGAAAGAGGAAGUUCUCCUCAGUAGCUGCGAGUUCUCUUAACCGAAAGUGAAAGAGGAUAAAGGGAGAAAAUGGCGGAGGCAGCCCGAGAGCUCUUAGUGUUUCUGCUUGUUGUCGGAGUGGGUCCUAUAUUUUGUGUUGAGGUUGCUGUUGAGACUGGGAAAAAUCACACUUUCAAGUCUUCUGCAUCAGGAAAGAUUGAGACCAUUCUGUGGAAGUUCAGCAAGAACAAAGUGGUUGAGUUUGAAGGUGGUGACGUUACGUGGUAUAGAUUUGAAUCUCGAGCAGGUCUUGAUACUAAAACUGGAGACUUCACGCUUAAGCAGCUGCGUAAAGAGGACAGUGGUCAUUACCAGUCUGAAAUCCAGGUGGAUGGAAAGCUUCAGUAUUCUGACCAUGUUAUUAAAGUGAUGGAUGCAGUGCCAGUGCCUAACGUGACCUGUCAUGCAAACAGUACAACAGCAACACUUCGGUGUACAGUGGACUCUUCGGUUCAGGCAAAUCUUGAGUGGAGUGGCCCUAAUGAUGAUAAAAAAACUGAAGAGAUAAUCGUCGUCCCCAAACAACAAGCAAUUUACAUCUGCACCGCGCAAAAUGCUUUGAACAAGGCGAGCAGAGAGUUCUCUCUCGCAGAUUGUAACACAGAUGGAUCUGACGGACUACUUGCUGGCAUUCUUGCUGCUGUUUUUGUUUUAAUUGCUGGUGGGGCUGUUACUGGUGUUGUAUUGUAUAGAAAAAAAAAGAACUGUGGGAGAAAUAACAUAGAAGAAGCAGGUUUUGAUAAGAAUCCGAACAAUACUGAUGAGGCAAGUGUACUUUUGCAAGAGACACCAGCAGGUUUUGAUAAGAAUCCGAACAAUACUGAUGAGGCAAGUGUACUUUUGCAAGAGACACCAGCAGGUUUUGAUAAGAAUCCGAACAAUACUGAUGAGGCAAGUGUACUUUUGCAAGAGACACCAGAAAUCAAUGAGAAAAGUGAUCAAGCCCUAGAGAGAGAUGAAAGUGAUAAAAGCACAGACAAUCACUUGGAGAGGCAAGAAUCACAUCUAGACAAGUUACCUAGUCAACAAAAUGAAGACAAGAAAAGUCAGGAAACCAUCCUUAAAACUGAAAGUGAGGAGAGCAACAAGCCAUCAGAGGAGGAAGAGCAGAUACCUGUGAAUAAAGUUUUAACUGAAGGCAAUCAAGAAAAUACUUUAAAAACUGACACUGAGCCUCAAAUACAAGAUGCAAAAGGACAGUCAGAAGAACAGUCAGUUGCAGAAGAAGACAAAGAGAAGAAGGAGCAAUAUGAUCCUGCAAUGGAUGAAAGACCAAAUACAAGCUCUUUUUUUAAUGGUGAGAUGAGUCCGCCUGCUGAACCCACUGUUCUGGAGGAGACCCAGUCUGAAAACAAGGACAAUCUCUCAGGCAGCACGGAGGGCAUGGGUCAGUGUGUGGAAAAUGGAGUGGGUGCAGGUUGUUACAGUGAGGAGAAGCAAGAAAGUGCUGGACAGAACCCUGAGGAGAGUCCGCUUGCUGCAGCCAAUGGUCCAGAGAAUCCACACACUGAAAACAAUGGAAACGCUUCAAGCAGCAUACCUGAUGAAGACCAGAGAGUGAAAAAAGAAAGCAAUCAAGGAAGAGUUGGGAACACAGUAAAGGAGAUUGAGAGUCGGCUAUGGAAGCCAAGAGAGAUUUUUUCAAAGGAAACUAACCAGGAAAAUGGUAACAUCUAAAUUGAUCAAAUAUCUACAUAAUAAGAAAAUACAAGCACUGAAUGGCUGGGUUCAUGACCCUGUCCUCUCAAAUCAGUCAUGACCCAGGCCAGGGGUUAGUAACGUUAUAGCACAGUAACUGUCAACCACACAGCAAGUACAUGGCGUUACUAACCAUAAAUAAACAACUACAGCCAUAUGUGAACGCUUUUUUGUUUGUCAGCUAAUCAAAUAAUGUUGCUUUUUUGCUGCUAACAAGCAUUUUUCAGUUCACUUUUUCAAAACUCUUUACACACCUGUCUGCAGAAGGAAUAAGCUAGGUAUACAGCUGUCAAAACGCUGAAAAAAAAAUAUUAAAAUAAACCCAUUCCAUCAAAAGAUCAGAACAGUAGUACAUUUAGCAAAAUAGAUUUUUGUCAGAGCACAAUCAGAUAAAAAACUAUCAUUGUCAGCAUUAUGGUAGAUCCAUUGUGGUAUAUAAAUCUGUGACAUGGUAAAGAAUUAUUUGUUCUUUGUUGUUUGUUUUGUAAUGAACUUAUUAUUCUUUGGUUGAUGAUGUAAAUAAUGUAUAGGAAUAAAAAUGAUAUCUAGCACAAUCUGACAAUGGAAAAAAAAAACGUAGUGCUUAGUCUACCUGGUCUGUGUCAUUUGGCCACAUGUUCUCCAUAUCACGCCUAUUAUCCUCUCUUACCUAUUUACAGUGCAGGGCCUAUAAUGGACCAUCCAUUGUGAACACAAUAACUCCAGAAUAACUCCAACAGCAGGUAGGCCUUUGGCUGAGACCUGUUUACAUGCAUUCAGUCAGCGGUUUGGCUCCAUAAUCUUUAUAAUUUUUGUCUUGUCGAUGUAUAGUAUGUUUUAUUAUAUAAGUAUGUUUUAAUAUUAUAAGUUUAUAAUAUUAGUAUGGUAUUCGUGUUAGUUUGUGGAGUUGUGUUUUUAAUACUGGAUGCAAGUAUGUGGUUGGUGUAUGGUAGUGGGUUACCUCUGCCUUCUAUGCUGGAGACUGGGGUUGAAUCCCUAGGUAAACCUAGGUAAGCAUGCUGCACUAUACCAAAAAGAGUCCUUGGGCAAGACUCCUAACACUACCAUCGCCUAUGUAAAAAAAAAAGUUUAAAUUGUACGUCACUCUGGCUAAGAGCGUCUGCCAAAUGCUGUAAAAAGUAUGCAAUUUUAGCUGUAUAAAUAAUAAAUUAUAGCUGUAUGUACUCUGAUUUGCUCAAAGCUGACAGUGAAGGACAAGUGAACAUAAGAAUUUUGGAAAUUAUGUUCACGGAAUGCAUUACAUAUUCAAGAAAGUUCAUGGAUGGUCCAAACAGAGUGCUGUUUUGCUAACUGUGUAAGAGUUGUAGAAAAGAGAACACUAAAUGGAAAUGCUUGUUAUACAUCUAAAACCUAGCUUGAUUAACUGCUCAGCUGCACGCUGCUGCACUUCACUAACACAAUCACAGCGUGAUAUUAUAGUGGUGAACCCAAAGAUAUUUAUCUGAAAUGCACAUACGCUGUUUAUACGCAUACACUAUGCACAGUGUACUGAACAUGAACUGGAAGUGAUGCCAGUGGCAGCCCAGCCAAACACCAGGGGUGCUUCAAUCCACUCUCAGUAGAGGAGCAGUGAAGGUGCCACUACAGUAUUGUUGGUAGUGGUUUGUGGUGAUUUUUUUAAUUUGUUGUUAAUCUUUUUCAGCCAUCUCUUAUAUUCUAUUAUAUUCUAGACUUUUUAGUUUAUAUAUGUCUGUUGAUUACUUGAUUAUUAGAGUCAUAUAGGUUACUGUUUGGUUGGUUAGUUCCCAGAAUUCAUUGUAUAGAUGUUUGUGUGUUGAAUGUGAGUUUAAAUUGUUAAAUUUUAAAAAAUCUAGUUUUGUCUUAUUUUUCUGGUGUGUUCAGAUUUGCAUGAUGUGAAUACACUGCGCAAGGCUAGGGGGACAAAAAGAUGAGACCCAAAGGCCCAUCAGAAUGAUCAGUAAGGAUCUUCAGUGGGUCUCUGCCCAAGUGUGUUGUAAAAUGAAUUUCAUUGAGAUCCUUAGGAUUUUUUUUUUCAUUCUUUGAAAAAGCAGCAAAUUACUAAGGUAUUUGAAACCUCACAUUGUAAAACGGUGGCAAGUUGCUGUAAUUAUUUUAUGUAUAAAAACUGACUGUUACAGUGGUGCAAUGGAAGAUUAUCUAAUAUUGCAUUGACAGAUUUAAAUGUCAAUCUAUUGAAUGCCCAUUAUCUAUCUGCUUAUGUUGACAUUUCGGGUUUACCUUGUGCAAAUGUUUGUUACCCCUUGGCUCAUUAAAUGCAAUAAACUUGACAGUAGAAAUGUA